AUGGCAUUCAAGUUCGUCGUCUUCCUGGCCUCGUUGGCCGUCGCUAGCGCUGGAUACCUGGAGGCUGGCCAUGCCGUCCAGUACGCCGCCCCGGUGGCUCACUACUCGCCGGCUUCGGCGGUGAGCUACAGCACCAUCUCGCAGGCUGCCCCGGCCAAGCUGGCCUACGCCGCCCCGGUCGCUAAGACCGUCUCGUACGCCGCCCCGCAGGUGUACGCCGCCCCGCAGGUGUACGCUGCCCCGCAGGUCUAUGCUGCUCCGGUUGCCAAGACUGUCUACUCCAGCCCGGCCGUCGGUGCCACGCACGAGAGCACGAUCCGUUCCCAUGAUGGAACCGUUUCGCACUACUCCAAGGCCGUCGACACUGCUUUCUCGAGCGUCCGCAAGUCGGACACCCGCAUCACCAACGAGCUGCCCAAGUACACCUAUGCCCAGCCCGUCCUAGCUAAGCAGGUCGCCUAUGCUGCCCCGGCUGUCCACGCCACCUAUGCCGCUCCGGCCGUCCACACCAGCUAUGCUGCCCCGGCUGUGGCCACCUAUGCCCAUGCUGCCCCUGCUGUCCACACCACCUAUGCCGCUCCGGCUGUCCAGCAUAGCUAUGCUGCCCCGGCCGUUGCCACCUACGCCCAUGCUGCCCCGGCUGUGGCCACCUACGCCCAUGCUGCCCCGGCUGUGCACACCUCCACCAAGACGCUGACCUACUCCCCGGCCGUCCAGGUUGCGCACACCACCUACGAGGACGCUCAUGCCCAUUAUGCCUGUAACACCUUCUUCAAUCAUCCAUUCCAAAACCGAAACCCAAACCCCGGCAUAAUGGCAUUCAAGUUCGUCGUCUUCCUGGCUUCUUUGGCCGUCGCUAGCGCUGGAUACCUGGAGGCUGGCCAUGCCGUCCAGUACGCCGCCCCGGUGGCUCACUACUCGCCGGCUUCGUCAGUGAGCUACAGCACCAUCUCGCAGGCUGCCCCGGCCAAGCUGGCCUACGCCGCCCCGGUCGCCAAGACCAUCUCGUACGCCGCCCCGCAGGUGUACGCUGCCCCGCAGGUCUACGCCGCCCCGGUUGCCAAGACCGUCAUCUCCAGCCCGGCCGUCGGUGCCACGCACGAGAGCACGAUCCGUUCCCAUGAUGGAACCGUUUCGCACUACUCCAAGGCCGUCGACACUGCUUUCUCGAGCGUCCGCAAGUCGGACACCCGCAUCACCAACGAGCUGCCCAAGUAUACCUAUGCCCAGCCCGUCCUGGCUAAGCAGGUCGCCUAUGCUGCCCCGGCUGUCCACGCCACCUAUGCUGCCCCGGCCGUCCACACCAGCUAUGCUGCCCCGGCUGUCCACACCACCUAUGCUGCUCCGGCGGUUGCCACCUAUGCCCAUGCUGCCCCGGCUGUGGCCACCUACGCCCAUGCUGCCCCGGCUGUGCACACCUCCACCAAGACGCUGACCUACUCCCCGGCCGUCCAGGUUGCGCACACCACCUACGAAGACGCUCAUGCCCAUUAUGCCUGGUAA